UCGAUCCCAGUUUUAUCUCUGCGGUGCAGUUACAAAACUUGAAUGAUACCAUCACUGCAACCAACGACAACAUAGAUGCCGAUCAAAUAAUUGUAAAUGGGUCAAUGGAUAGCGAAGAUGCAAGCGGUAGUAAGAUUGGAAAGAAAUGUUUAUCCAUCGGAUAUAACAGUAACUCUUUACCGGAUAUAUAUAACAAAAUUAUGGAACGUUAUCGAAAGAAUUUGCAUCCAAACUUCGGAAGUCAGGAGACGUUUAACGUCACCAUUAAUUCUCGGUUGGAAACGUUGAUACAACUGGAUCAGGUAGAGGAGCGACUUUCGUCUGUGAUGUCGUUCACAAUCAAUUGGAGAGACACUCGGCUCGACUGGAUGAACGAUAUCUUGUGCCUUGUAAAUCAAAACGUGUCGGCCAAAUUGCCACGGCAGGCAUUCUUCAUGGAACUUGAUAAGGAGCUGAUUUGGAGACCGUCAAUAACAAUCGCUAAUCCGCAUAGCCCAAGAUACAUGCUGUCAGACAACAUUGGGAGUCAAGUCGUCGACGUUAUGUUCCUUGGCGAGGUUACAUGGGAAUACUCGCAAAUAGUGGAAACCCGAUGUAGUGUUGAUAGCACUCAUUUCCCGUUCGACAAACAGUUUUGUGAAAUACAGAUAUCGGUACCAUCGUAUUCUGGCAGCGAGAUCUCACUCACGCAUUGUAUCAAUCCAGAUACUUUGUCUACUGGAGAGUGGCAAAUUUUAACUUUCAAACAGUUUCAAACAAAGAAAAAAAUAGGAUUUCGUCAGGUUUUUAUUAUCGAAUAUGAGUUGGAACGUAAACCCCUUAACACAUUUGUAAUAAUUGUUAUACCGGUAUUUAUUCUGGUGUCAAUGGUUCCUCUAGUUUUCCUGAUACCAAAGGAGUCCGGUGAACGUCUGAGUUUAGCGGUGACAGGUUUAUUAGCGGUGUCUGUGUACAUGUCACUCGUAGCAGGAAGUUUGCCAAGCAGUUCAGACCCUAUGCCCCUGAUCAACGUGUGCAUGUUUGUGUGGUUCUUGUCAAAUGCGGCCAUUGUAAUCAUAGUUAUUUUGGAUUCUGCUCUCAAUGUAAAGAAGGAAACAAAGCAUGUUCCGUCUGUUUGUGACCCCAUAGUUACAUUUGCCAGAAGACUGCGUUGCGAGGUAAAGAAAGUUUCAGAACAUGAUUCAUCAGAAGAGGAUAUUGAGAUGGUAUCGCAUAAUGAUGGAACGCACAACAGAAAUGACCGAGGGAAAUCGAAUUUUCAAGAUAGGAAAAUCACCUGGCAGCACGUAAGUCGCGCCCUGGACACAUAUAUGAUCGUGAUUAUCUAUGCAAUAAAGAUCGUAUUCGCCGUAUGCGUGUUCAUUGUUCUGUACUAUGGCGACGUUGACAAGUCAAGUCCUCGGGUGCAAGCCGCCCGCCUGCAAAGCAUUAUUUCACAAGUGAUUGUGUGUGAGGACAAUGGAAUAUAAAAGGUUGUUGUAUCACAAGGCUGUAUGUAUUUGUUGAUAACACCAAAGCGUUCGAUUAUUUGGUGAAGGAUAUCAUCUGGUAUAAACUGUUGAAGCUAGGCGUUAUAGGAAAAAUGUUUGAUAUCAUACAAUGUAUACAAAUGUGAAAUCAAGAAUAAAAUUAGGUAAUACACUAACUAAUGGAUAUGUUUAGGAGUAAGACAAUGAGAAUCAUUAUCACAAUUUCUUUUUUUUAUUUAUUUGAACGACUAAGAAGAACAUUAUGUGUUAAAUGAUUUUAAAGGAAAAGAUAUUGGUAUGCUAAAACUAUGUUUUUUGUUAUAUGCAGAUGAGAUUGUAAUUAUAGCAGAAACUGAGGAAGAACUAAAUAAAGGUUUGUCUUUGAUAAAGAAAUAGUGUGAUAGGUGGAAAUUAUGUGUUAACCCAAAUAAAACAAAGGUUAUGGUUUUUAAAAAGAGAGACAACUUAUGAGGGAUAUUAACUUUGUGUACAAAGACCAAGCGUUAGAAAUUUUGUAAUCAUUUACAUACGUUGGAAAUGUAUUCACUACAGGAUGAUCUUUUGCAAAUAACUUUGAAACACUUGCAUGUCAAGCCUCAAAGGCUGUUAUUAACUUUAAAUCAUAUUUAAUAAAUUAUCCAACAAUUUCAAAACAUACCAAAUUAAAGUUGUUUGAUCAGCUUGUUUUACCAAUUUUAAAUAAUGGGUUAUACAUCUGGCGCUUAACUGAGUCAAUGGAAAUUGAAAAAGUUCAGCUAAAUUUGUGCAAAAAAUCUGUUUGGCGUGAAAGUUCAAAUACAUUAUAAUUUUUUAUAUGGUGAACUUGGAAGAACAUCCUUGAUAACUAAAAGAGCCAAUAAUGUAAUACGGUAUUGGUUGAAAAUUAUUCAAUUAGAAGAUCAUAACUAUGUUAAGUGUUUUAUAGCAGCAUUUGUGCGAAUUUUAUACAUAAACCAAAUAAACAUUCUUGGGCAAAAUAUGUUUGUAAUCUGUUGCAGAUCUUAGGUUUCCAAUAAGUAUGGCUAAGCACAGGUGAAGGUGAUGGAAUGUGUUUUUUAUCCUUGGUAAUGUCUAGAUUAAAUGAUACAUUU